GCCAGUAUCCGCGCUGCAGGUUUGGACUAAAUGUUUUGCUAAAAGUGUUUCUUUAAGCGUCACAAAAUGUACACACCACCUUUCGAGAGAUGUCAUUUGCCAAUGAGGACACAUUAAACUUAGAGAACAGAAAUGACACAGUGAGAACUUACGUUUUGAUUCCACGUGUAGCCCUCGUGGGUCAACCUUCGUCGCAGACUCAACUGUGCUAAAUAACUUUGAUUUCGGCCUUUAUCACAUCAUCUAAACCUUGGUUGGUCGCUUGUGUUACUGCCCAAGUGCUUGCUCUGCGGGCUCAGAGGUGGACAUGAACCCCCCGAAGAGGCUCCGGCCCACAGGAGAUGAGGAAGAAACACCGACAAGCGGGAAGGAGGAGGGGGGAGCAGUGGAUGUGAGUAUUGUCAUGCCAAUGUACAAUGCAUCCUGUUGGCUGGAUGAAUGUCUGCAGGCCAUAUUACAUCAAGACUACACUGGCACCAUGGAGCUGUCUGUCUUUGAUGACGCAAGCACUGAUGACUCCAGGACAGUGGUGGAGGGCUGGAAGGAGAGGCUGGAGGAGAGGGGCGUCUCCGUGGUGAUCUCCGGCCACAACUCAUCCCAACCCAGAGGAGUGGGAUAUGCGAAGAACAAGGCAGUGUCUCAGAGCUGUGGGCAAUACUUGUGCUUUCAGGAUGCGGAUGAUGUUAUGCUUCCCCAAAGAGUUGGUCUGCAGCAUGACGCCUCUGUCCUCCACCCACACUCUCUGAUUGGCUGUCAAGUUCAGAGGGUCCCUGAGGGCUCUACGGAGCGAUACACCCGCUGGAUCAACAUGAUCUCUCAGGAUCAGCUCCUCACACAGGUGUACACCUCUCAUGGGCCAACAGUUGUCAUGCCGACGUGGUUCUGCUCGAGGAACUGGUACCUGAAGGUUGGACCGUUUGAUGAGGGGGGCAUGGGAGUCCCGGAGGACUUGAUCUUCUUCUACCAGAGUCUUCGUCAGGGAGGGGGCAUGGCCAGGGUCGACCAGUGCCUGCUGGUGUACCGUUACCACGAGAAGGCCACCACACACUCUGUAACAGAGGAAACCAUUUGGAAUCUGCGAGUGGACUUCCUACAGGAGAGAGUUCUCAGCCAAUGGGAGAGCUUCACCAUAUGGAACGCUGGGAAACAGGGCCGGAAGCUGUACCGAAGCCUAAGCCCGACCAAUCAAAAGAAGGUGAAGGCUUUCUGUGAUGUCGAUGAGAACAAGAUCCAGAAAGGUUUUUACACAUAUGAGGACUCUGAGCAAAGACCCAAGCCAAAAGUCCCAGUUCUGCACUACAAAGAUGCCUCGGCCCCCUUCAUUAUCUGUGUAAAACUGGACAUGACAGGAGGCGUUCUGGAGGAAAACCUCAACUCCUUGCAGCUAAAGGAAGGAACUGAUUACUACCAUUUCAACUGACAGCUCAGAGUGAUGGAGACGUGAAGAGGAGCCCUGCGGCUUUAGAAGAGGAAUGCACACAGACUGAGGGAUAGACAGGUGAUAAGAAAGGAGUGAACCAAACACUGGCACAAUAACUCUACCAAGACUAGGGAAAGAGUACGUUUUAAUGUAUGUUUUAAGCGUUAAAAGAUUAUUUCUAUGUGUGGAAAUUGGUGUGAAAAUGUAAAAGUGCAAAGUUGACGCAACCGCUGAUGAAAACAAAACAGUUUUAUCCCAGCCCUGUUUCCUCCACCACAAUAGUGAGAUAGCUAUCUUUGUUAGAUGAGAACACUCUCUCAUUUCUGUUCAUUAAAUAUGAGGUUACAGCCAGGAGAAGCAAGACUGGAAACAGUGCACCAAAGCACGCUACUGCCACAUUACACACGCUAAGGCACGACAUGAGACCUUUCUUUUCCAUAUUCUAAUUAGGAAAAGUUCUUUAUAGUACUUUUUUGUGUGCAGUGCAUACCACUGGUUGCUCAGAGGGAACUUACAAAACUGCGACAUCCUGCUCUAACCCGCUAUUCUUGAUUAGCCAAGUGAUUUUUCUAAAUUACAAGACCAAGAUUUAAAAAAAUAACACAGGCUAAAUCCUGUCAUGUUCAGAAUUCUGCAGCUGUUCCUCUGUUGGGUUUGGGAUGAAAGAAUGGAGUAUUGUGCGCUGUGCUGCGUUGAAGAGGAUGUUACGCUAACGUCACUAUGACAGUCAGGUAAGACUCCCACCUACAUUGACAGAGUACUAUCCACAGUGGAAAACGAUAUAGAAAAAAACAUCAUCUACCAAAAGGGGUUGAGUCGUGUUGAGUUUAGCUGAACCAUGCAGGAGAAAUUAGGAAUAUUUAACACAUCAUAUCACGUUUAUCCUGUUUUAACGUACACAUUUUUGUAAGAAUCAAACAAACUUUGUGCUAAACUACGCUAACCAUCCAGCCUGUGGCUUCAUUCUGCUCAACAGAUUAGAUUGAAAGAAGUGAGAACAGGGAAGAAGUAAGUAUGUUUAUUUAUGUUUAUUUCCCCCAAAUACCAAACUAUUUCAUAAAAAAACUUGAACUUUGGUUUUCAUGCCAAAAGAAGGAUCUGUUUCUCAUGCCAGAGGAUAUUACUGUUGCCGAUGUUGUAGGAAUAAAAUGUAUCUAUGUUUUCUAACCCUGUGUGCCCGGAGAUUGGUAUUUGCCAACCUGUACGCUUGAACUAGUGUUGAAGUUAGAGGAAGCCAUGUGAAUCAGCACCAUCACAGAAGGUUUAACUUAUAAAGGGCGGGAUGUUUUAUGACCGGAAUCACUCCGAUUUCUCAAUAGCCUUCGCUGAUGCAACCAUGCAAAAUCAGAUGCACGCACACAGCUGCUGCAAAUGUACAAACAUGGAUACUGCAUGUAUUUGUUUUUCUUUCCCGGGGUCUCUUAUGAAAUCUGAAGAACAAUAACCUCUUUAAGAGAGCACAGUUCAGAUACAUAAACACGCAUAAAAAGUUUAUUUUACCUCACAGAGUGUGGAGUUUUUCCGCCCAAAGGUAAACAGACCUUUUCCCACAAAAUCGCCCCCAAUGUUUCCUGGGUCAGAGACGUGGUCUGCCUUACUGUAAAUGUGGCCGCAGCAGUUUGCAAGG